AUGGGUGAUGGUGGCACCAUUCAGGUUACGUUUUGGUCCCUUCCCCUCCCUUACACCCUUUUCCUCCCCGCCCGCUUUUUCCGUCGUUUGCCCCCUUCCCCACCCCUGCCCGUCCUGCCCUCCCCGUUCUUCCCCGCUCUCCCCCGUCCCCUCCCUUGUGGGGCAUGUUUUUGUCGCCGUAUCUGGUUCCGGCUCGCAACCAUUCGCACAUUUCGUUACUCGUUUCGCAUUCUUUUCGCUCGCAUUCGAUCCGCCAGGCGACUCGAAGACCUGGGCGUGGAUGAGCUGCUGGGCAUGGAUGACUUCGAGGACUUAGCGGGUGGCGGCGAGGGCGGGGACGACGAUGAGGACGAAGCGGAGGACGAGGAUGAGGAGGAGGAGGAGGAAGAAGAGGAGGAAGAGGAGGAGGAUGAGGAGGAUGAGGAGGAAGAGGAGGAGGUUGGGAAGGGAGGAGGAACAAAACGUGCCAAGAAAGACAAGGGGGGCGAGGAGGAUGAGGAUGAGGAUGAUGAGGAAGGGGUAGGGGAAGAUGCGGAGGUGGAUGAAGAGGCAUUGGAAGGAGAGGAGGGGUUUGAGGAGAUUUCUCUCGCGCGGAUCGGCAUGGCGGAGGACGAUGAAGACGAGGAGGAGGAGGAAGAAGCGGCGGAAGGGGCGGAGGCGGCGGAGGCGGCGGAGGGGGAAGAGAAAGUGGGGGGAAAGAAGAAGGGUGGGGACGCGGCGAGGAAGCGGAAGAGCCACCAGCAGCAGCUGGAGGCUCUUAAAAAGAAGGACCCUGCGUUCUACGAGUUUCUAGCGGAAACAGAUCAAUCCCUCCUGGAAUUCAAGGAAGAUGCAGAGGGAAAAAAGGGCUCAGCAAAAGCAGCUGCUGCAGCAGGAGGCGGCGAGGGGGAAGAAGGGGAGGAGGACGACGAGGAUGAGAGUGAUGGUGAUGGUGAGGAGAAGGGAGGAGGAGGAGGGAAGGGGAAGAAGGGCAAGUCGGGGGUGCUGCCGGUUCUGACCACGGAGAUGGUGGACCGUUGGAUCGAGGCGGCGAUGGACGGCGGAUCGCAGGGCGCGAUGAAGAAGCUGAUGCAGGCGUUUCACUCUGCGUGCCACGACGCUGAGAGCUUCACUGGGGUUGUGCGGAGAUCCAGUGGGGGAGGGAAGGGCGGAAGUGGAAGCGGCGGAGGCGGAGGGAAGAAGAAGAAGGGGGGAGAUGACGAGGAGGACGAGGAGGGGGACGAAGGGGAGGAGGGGUUUGGGUUGACAGCAGAUGGGAAGAUGAAGCAGAGGGAGCGCAAGCCGCAGUACCGGCUCGCGAGCGGGAACGUUUUCAACCGUGUGAUCCUGUUCGCGUUCAAAGAGACGGACAGGAUCGUCCGGAUCCUCCUCAGCGACGUAUCCGACGGCAAGGGGCGGCAGGUGAAGAAGGGCGGUAAGGGCGGGGGAGAUGGGGAGGAGGACGGGGGGGAUCGCGACGGUGCUGCUGGCGGCGGUGACAGCAAAUUCGCGGGGAGGCUGGGGAAGAAGAAGCUGCGGUCUCUCCUACGGAAGCAGGCGAGGAUGGGGAACGAGGCGGACGCGUGGGGGCGGGGAAGCGCAGGAGUCGACUCUAUGGAAAAGCCAUGGGAGGCCAGUCCCCGCUGGUCUAAAGUCAGCCAGAUCGUCCGAAACUACCUCUCCACGGCCGUGCAUCUGCUCUCCACCAUGGCAGACUCCCGCCUGCUCACCUUCACGCUGCGCUGCCUGAAACCGUCCGUGCCGCUCCUCGCAAGCUUCCCGAUCAUCGGGAAGAAGCUCGUGCGGAUCGCGAUUCACCACUGGGGGUCUGGGGAAGGGUCACUCCCGCUCGCUGCGCUCGUGGUGCUGCGGGAAAUAGCGCUGUUCCUGCCGUCGGACUGGGUGGAGGCGAUCGUGAGGCAGGCGUACCGGGAGUUUGCGGCGCAGUGCAAGUUCGUGUCGCCGUCUUCGCUGCCGCGGAUUGCGUUCCUGUGCGCGGGAGUGGCGGAGCUGGCGCUCACGGACCCUGCGGCUGUCUACCCGCAUGCGUUUGUGUCGAUCCGGCAGCUGGCGCUGCUGCUCCGAGGGGCGCUUAGUAUGAAGACCAAGGACGCAUAUCUCAAGGUGUACUGCUGGCAGUACAUCAACUGCCUGCACCUCUGGACGCGCGUGCUCUGCGUGCAAGCAGCAGCGCACCAGCACCCGCACCACUCCCCCUCCCCUUCCUCCUCCUCCACCUCCGCAUCCGCAUCAGCUGUGGCGGUGGCAGCAGCAGCAACCCCUCUAGACGCGGCGUCACACGGCAGUCGCUCCCCGCUGCUGGCGCUGGUGUAUCCACUCGCGCAGAUCAUAGCCGGGGUGGCUCGUCUCGUGCCCACCGCUCGCUACCUGCCACUCCGCUUCCAGUGCACGCGCAUGCUCUCCCUGCUGUCUUCUGCCACAGGCCACUAUGUGCCAGUGGCGCCAGUGCUGGUGGACGUGCUACAGAUAAAGGAGCUGCACCACGCUCCCUCGGGGGCCAAUGUGCAGAGCAUCAACCUCGCCACCUCGCUCAAGGUGCCCAAGCAAGUCGUCCGUUCGAAGACCUUCCAGGAGGCGGUGGUGGAGGAGGUGGUGCUGCAGCUGGCGCUCUUCGCCUCGCAGUGGAGCCUCUCCAUCGCCUUCCCCGAGCUGCUGCUGCUGCCGCUCACCCAUCUGCGCUCCUUCCACAAGCACUGCCGCGUCGACCGCUUCAGGCGGCAGAUCAAGGGGUUGAUCGACCAGAUUGAGCGCAACGCAGAGGUGGUGGAGAGGGCGAGAGACAAGGUGUCCUACGGCCCAAGAGACAUCACCCAGGCCGCCUCGUUCCUCCAGGAGGAGAGGAGCAAGGGGAACAACGCACUGGUGCGGUAUGCGAGUGAGAUGCAGUGGCAGGUGGAGACCAAGCGACAGAAGCUUAAACCCGCAGAGCUUGUGUUCAAGGAUGAGGAGGAUGACACGGGCAAGAAAGGAAAGCGCGCUGCUGACAGCGACGACGAGGAUGACGAUGAUUUUGGGAGUGACGAGGAGGGUGCGGACGGAGAGGGGAGCGAGGGAGAGGAGGGAGACAUGGGAGAGGAUGGAGAAGCGGGAGAGGAGGAGGAAGGGGAGGAGGAGGAGCAGAGGGGUGCUAAGGCGUCAAAGAAGCGUGCUCGUGAGACUGCUGCUGGAGCGGCUAAGAAGGGCAAGGCAGGCAAGAGUGCUGCUAACGGGGCUGCUUAUGACGAGGAUGGUAUGGAUGAGGAUGUGGUGAAGGACUUUGAGCUGUCAGAGAGUGAGAGUGAGGAUGAGAUGGGGGGAGGCGAGGAGGAUGACGAUGGGGAGAUGGGAGAUGACAAUGGGGAGGGGUUUAGUGAUGAGGAGGAUGAGGAUGAGGAGGAAGAGGAUGAGGAGGAGGAUGAUGAGGAGGAUGAUAUGGAUGGUGGGGAGGAGGAGGAUGGGGAUUUAGAUGCUAUGGGAUUCGGGGCUGGGGAGGCGGUCGGGAUGGAGGAGGGGGAGGAAGAGGGGGUGAUUGGGGCGGGAGGGGCGGCGGGAGGGGUGGUGGGAGAGGAGGUGAGCGAGGGGGAAGAGGAGGGGGAAGGGGAGGAGCAGGCGGGAGGGGCGGAGGGUUUGGAUCUUCCCCUGGGCAUAUGGCUAAGCGACCUCGGUUUGAUGGUGAUGGGGGGGAAGGCGGGGGAGGGAGAGGGGGAGGAGGGGGCGGAUGGGGAGGCGGAGGGGGACGGGGAGGGCGCGGAGGCGGAGGGAGGGGAGGAGGUGAAGGAUGGGGAGGAAGGGGAGGGGGAGGGGGAGGAAGGGGAGGUGGAGGACGGGGAAGGGGGGGACGGGGGGAGUCGAGAGGGGGAGGGGGAGGCAGAGGCGGCCGGGGCUUCGGGGGGAGGGGACGCGGUGGGGGUCGUGGAGGAGGGGGAAGGGGGGGAAGAGGGGGAAGGGGGGGUGGUGAUUUCUGAGGUUAGUCGGAGGUUGGUGUAG